AUGGACAAACCGGGAACUGAUUGGGUUGAAGAGGCAAAGAAGAAGCUGGCUUCCCUUCGGACUAUCUGCAUGCGGCUGAAGGAUCGACAUCUGCUCCCACAGCCAAUGUCGUUCACCAUGGUCAUGGAAUUCAUUGGAGCGGACUCCUUGCGGCCGGCCCUUGACUUUAAUGGUCGUGUUUUCAUAUACAUGGUUGGGCUAGUGAUAAGCCAGAAAAGUCUGUUUGGUGACAUUUUUCAAAUCUUGGUGUCCUUUCAUUCCAGUGGCUUGGUCAUGCCUGACAACUUUGCCACUGCCACGGAAAACAGAAUUCAGAAAGUCAUCAAUGAUUACGAUGACAAAAACUUGGUCGCGGCCACGAUCAAGUCGAUUGCAGCAAAGUUGUUGGAACCAGAACUUAAACACGAAGGAAAAAUCCCAACAAACAAGAAAGAUCUCAUGACAAUAUGCAGCGAAAAUGUGGCAUCAUUGCUGAUGUCCCAUGUCUUCGGCUCCACUGAGUUGGUUGUGGGCCUCCAUGCUCGGAAGAUCUUAGUUGCUCUUGAUAUGUACGACUGGGAGGAAUCCGGAACGACCCAAAAGGCUGAUGUGAAGAUGGCGAACAUUCCUGCAUCUAUGGUCAAAAAGAGUCUCAAGACUUGGCUGCCCAAAGGUGAAUCACAUGAUUUUUUUGACAUGAUGGAUACACUGGGUAGUCUCUUUCCUACCAAGGCAGGAGUGUGUGGCAAGAUUACUAAACCCGCAUCAAUGCACACUUCUCCCCCAAAGAGAAAGAAAUGGCCAUUGGGAUGGUGA